UCCUCCCGGUAGGAAGGAAGGUGGGACUCGGUGGAAGCGGUUUCUGUACUUGUUGCCACGUCGGACUGUUUGGUGAACCUGGAGAAUUAAUUUCACAUAUACUUGAGUAAAUAUUUUUAGGAGGACUAAAUAACAGUCAUGGUUUCUGUUAUUAACACAGUGGACACCUCGCAUGAGGACAUGAUUCACGAUGCCCAGAUGGAUUACUAUGGGACUCGGCUUGCCACCUGCUCCUCUGACCGCACCGUCAAGAUAUUUGAUGUCAGGAAUGGAGGACAGAUUCUGGUGGCAGAUCUCAGGGGACACGAAGGCCCCGUGUGGCAAGUAGCGUGGGCUCACCCGAUGUUUGGCAACAUUCUGGCUUCUUGUUCUUACGACCGAAAAGUCAUCAUCUGGAAGGAGGAGAAUGGAGCCUGGGACAAGAUGUACGAGUACACCGGACAUGAAUCUUCAGUGAACUCGGUUUGCUGGGGUCCGUAUGAAUUUGGUUUAAUUCUGGCCUGUGGAAGCUCAGACGGGGCGAUUUCUCUACUCACAUUUACUGGAGAUCAGCAGUGGGAUGUCAAGAAGAUUAGCAAUGCACACACUAUUGGCUGUAAUGCUGUGAGUUGGGCUCCUGCUGUAGUCCCAGGCAGUCUGAUCGAUCAACCAUCUGGACAGAAACCAAACUAUGUCAAACGUUUCGUCUCGGGAGGCUGUGACAACCUGGUUAAACUCUGGAAAGAGGAGGACGGUCAGUGGAAGGAGGACCAGAAGCUGGAGGCGCACAGUGAUUGGGUGAGAGACGUUGGCUGGGCUCCUUCCAUUGGUCUUCCCACCAGCACCAUUGCUAGCUGCUCCCAGGACGGCCGUGUGUUUAUCUGGACGUGUGACGACCCUGCUGGCAACACCUGGACGGUCAAACUGCUCCACAAGUUCAACGAUGUGGUUUGGCACGUCAGCUGGUCCAUCACCGGAAAUAUACUGGCAGUUUCUGGUGGAGACAACAAGGUGACGCUGUGGAAGGAGUCCGUGGACGGUCAAUGGGCGUGUAUUAGCGAUGUCAGCAAAGGCCAGGGCGCCGUUUCCACCAUUACAGACACUCAGCAGAAUGAGCAGUGACAACCUUACAGCAAAGAGUGCAGCUUUAAGAAAAUGAUUAACAAACAUGCUGGACAUUUGGAUUGACAACAAACUGUCAGUCCCAGAGUGACUGAGCGCAAUCGGAUCUGUUUUUGACUCCUGGAUGUCUCCUAAGACAUGAAAAAUGUUUCAACACGAGAAAGAUUGAAGAAUAAAUGGUUGUUCUUUUUUUGUUAAAACAUUCAACCAUGGUUUAGAAUUUGUUUUUGUAACAUUCACUCCAACCUCAGUAUUUUAGUUUCACCAACUCACACCACUUCCUCCUGAAAGCUGGUCCAAAUGAAACUUUAGUUGUAAAAAUAUUCUGCUCUUCCUCUCCAUGUGACUCUGUUUUUAAACAUUCCACCUUUAUCGCCAAUAAAUCAUCAACCCACAGGUGACAUCACCUUUCUGCAAAGCCUCUAUUAACAGUCACUGUUGACUUAUUCAUCCAAAUAAGCCCUGAGUUGAAAAGAAAUAUUCAUGCAUGUACAGUUCAUUUUGCAUUAGUUUCCUGAUAAUUCAGCUUCUUAUCUCAGGCUGUGAACAGAUCCCUCUGUUCUCAGACUGCCAAAUUUAGGCUUAAGCUGCUUUAAUCGGUUUCGGAUACAAGUUAACAACUGAAUGUUGCUCUUUGUCACCAUUGAAUGCAACAUAAUUCUAAACAGUUUGGAUGUUUUACUUUUAUGAUUUCAGAUAAUGCGAUUGUUUUUCACAUUUGAUGUAAUUAAAUAACUGUUAACAUUAAAAAUCUUUUGUAUUUGCGUUCAU